AUGCUGACAACUGUACUCAAUGACAGUCCUAUAUUUCCUGAAAACGAAGAGGAGCAAGCAGAUCUGUCCGCCCCAUUGCUCAUGGAUAGUCCGCAGUGCGUUCUCUUCGGUACGUUUAUGAUAUGGUUCGCUUCAAUUACCAUAAACCUGGGCCCAACAUUUUUAUCCGGGGCUUUAGCUGCCAGUGCUGGGUCCUACGGAUCGUAUGGGCCGUCCCCAUCGUGCCCCUUAGUUAGAGGACCCUUCAGGCACUACGUACUUAAUGCUUUAUGGAUUGGAGUCAACGCUGUGUGCGUUGGACUAACACUUUUCCAUUUAAAGAAAUUACACCGAGAUCUGACAAAGGCUAACGUAGAGGCAGUGCGUGUAGCAGGAUUAGUGACCACACUGGUCAGUAUGGCAGGGGACAAUCGCCGGAUGGAUUCGCUACCAAACAGCGUAGGACCCAGGACUGUCGACGGCACCCUUGCAGACGGCCGUUGCCGGCCAACUGGUAGUGCCAACUUGCCUCUGGGUGGGGGUAGACGGUUGAGGGGCUAUCUCGCAAGAGUAGAAAGAGAGGGAGUAAGGAGAGUAAGAAUGUUCCUGGUCAUCACAGCAGCGUAUGUGCUUUUCUGGGGCCCGCUGUUUAUCAUAACUUUGCUACACCACCCAUCAUUAACUUCACAUGUUGCGUACGAGUUAUAUUUCCAAAUAACACUACACAUUUCGUACGUCCACGCGGCGGUUAACCCUCUCCUCUUCAUUGCUUUGCAUCGAGCUCUGCGGCGCGCCGCGUUGCAGCUCUGCUGUGGCUGUUGUGUGCAUUGGAGCCAAUUUGUCCUCGCCUUAACAGCAGCUGCUCAAUCCCCACUAGCUCCCUCAUCUUUCUCACCUGCAGCUGCAUCACCGGAACCGCCGCCAGCUCCGCCACCCCCUAUGGCACCACCUGCGCCCCCUGCACCGCACAACGCGCCACACACGAUGAUGAGUUGGGAAGUUGAGGAGUGUGAUGCUGAGAGUAUGUCGAGUGCACGUGUACAGGGAGACGAGGAUAUGAUGGAGUGGAGCAGUGUGCGGCGACCUCGUUCGCCGAGUCCCCUCCUGCCCGCGAUUUGA